AGUGAGUCGGGAGGCGGAGGUGCUCUCGCGCUCUGCGUCCAAACGCGUUGUUUUUGUUGUAUUUCUCGCCAAGAACCGAUAUGUCACGGAAAGCAAAAGAAGAAUACUACCGCUUCUUUAGCGUCACCGACAUACGCACGCACGAGAAAGGACACACGGAGUACAAAGUGACGGCAAGGUUUGUGUCCAAGCGUUGCCCGGAGGACGUGAAGGAGGUGGUGGUGUGGAGGAGGUACUCGGAGCUGAAGAAGCUCCACGGCGAGCUGGCCUUCACGCACAGGAACCUGUUCCGGAAACAGGAGGAAUUCCCGCCGUUUCCACGAGCGCAAGUCUUCGGAAGGUUCGAUGAGGCCGUGAUCGAGGAGAGGAGGAAAGCUGCAGAAGCCACGCUGGUCUUCUCGACGAGCAUACCCGCGCUCUACAACAGCCCGCAGCUCAAGGACUUCUUCAGGGGCGGAGAUGUCACGAGGCCUCUGGAUCCCUCGCCUGCGUCCUCCACCGGGAUCCUGCCUCCUCCUCUCAUCCCCCUGCCCGAGCGCAGCGCCUCGGACUGCGAGCCCGCAGAGGAGGAGGCGGGCAGGGAGGCGCCCACUUUGCCCCAGGACCUGGGCACCAACCUGGGGAUUGACGUGGGAGAGCCUGAGGUGGCGGCUGAGGCCUACAGCGAGAUGGGGGAAGAAGGUGGGGGAGACGUCGCGCCGGACGACAGAGUCACGUCUCCGCCCGGAACGAGCGCAUCGCAAGCGUCUCAGGAGGAGUUUGAGUCACUUUUCGCGGCGGCGCCGGAAGGGUGCUGCGCCUCGCCACCGAAGGAGGACGCUCGGCCUUCGCUGUCCGACGACGACCUGGCCGUCUUUGAUCCCUGCUAUAAGCGAGACGGAUGUGAAUCCUGCGGCAGCCAUUCCGAGUUGUUGCGGUUGCCUACGAGGAGCCCGGAAAACGAGGCGGCGUAUUUGAAGCAAGCGACCGCCGAGCUGACGUCUGCCGCGGCGAGGGAGACGGCGGGAGAAGUGAGCGCCGCCAUUUGCGGAUACAGGACGGUGGUUGACAUACUCAUCACUGGAGUGAAAGACGAUCCGGAUCCAGCACGAAAGGAGUCGGUCAAGCGACGGAUCGCGCAGUAUCUGGAGCAUGCGGAGAAGUUGCUGGACGGACGAAGCUCGCCCGCCCAUGCGGAGGGCCGAUGAGGAACAGAAAUCGUAUAAAAAAAAAUAAUAAUAAUAAUAACAAUUUCUAAAUCCUCAGGACCGACCUUGUAAAAACAUUUUCAUGGUGGUUACUGGCUGGUUUGGACCAAAACAUUCACAAAUACACUGUAAACGCUCACUACAGACUGUUGAUAACAUCUUUAAUUCACCCAAAAUGUCCUUUUACUAUAAUUUCUCGUUGGAUGUGUGUGUACGGAGUAAUUUGCACUGUUGUAUUAAUAAAUAGUUUUGAUUGA